AUUUUCCAGCGCCUCGCGUCAGUGCGUUGCGUUUUUUCACGUUUAAAAGGGGGCUGGAUACAUAUAUGGAAAACACUCGACGCAAAAGCCAAAAUGCCGAAACAUGUCACGUGUGCACAAGUUUAAACAUCACUACGUAUUUCCCACUCCGUUGCGUCCUCCAGCUGUUUUUGAUCGCUAGAACGCGCCCUGUUGCAAACUGCCUCUGUAAUAACAGACGCGCGCGACCACGCCUAUCCCAGCAGGAGGAGUAGAUGAAAGAGUAAAAGCGCAGAAGUUUGUACUCUCAGGAUUACAGCUGCAGAGAAAACUUUCCUGUUGAAAAUGUCAGGAGUGGCAUCCACACUCGCCAAAAACAGGGCACUGGUGGCUGGUUUCGGCACGAACGCCAACGCUGUGAAAUACCUGAACCAGAACUUUGAGUCUCUCAGAAGUGAGUGUCUGAGCCGAGGUCAGCUCUUCUGCGAUCCCACAUUCCCAUCCGCACCUGAAUCUCUGGGCUUUAACGAACUCGGACCGCGAUCUUCUAAAACCAGAGGAAUCCAGUGGAAAAGACCAGGGGAACUGACAUCCAAUCCUGCGUUUAUUGUUGGAGGCGCUACAAGAACAGAUAUUUGCCAAGGAUCUUUAGGUGAUUGCUGGCUCUUAGCAGCUAUUGCCUCUCUAACCCUCAAUGAAGAUGUUCUGACCCGUGUCGUACCAUCCAACCAGGGCUUUGGACAAGACUACGCUGGCAUUUUCCACUUCCAGUUUUGGCAGUUCGGGGAGUGGGUUGAUGUGGUGGUGGAUGACCGGCUGCCCACUAGAGAUGGAGAACUGCUGUUCGUUCAUUCGGUCACAAGCUCAGAGUUCUGGAGCGCCCUGCUGGAGAAGGCCUAUGCCAAGGUGAACGGAUGUUAUGAAGCUCUGUCUGGUGGUUCCACCACUGAGGGCUUUGAGGAUUUCACUGGAGGGAUUGCAGAAAUGUACGACUUGAAAAGUGCUCCACCCAACUUGUUCCAAAUUAUCAGGAAGGCCCUGGACUCUGGAGCUCUGUUGGGCUGCUCCAUUGAUAUCACCAGUGCUGCUGAUUCUGAGGCCAUCACUAAUCAGAAACUUGUGAAGGGACAUGCUUACUCUCUUACCGGGGCAAUUGAGGUUAAUUACAAAGGCCGAAAGGAGAAGCUGGUCCGGGUUCGUAAUCCUUGGGGUCAAGUGGAAUGGACAGGGGCCUGGAGUGACAUCUCUUCUGAGUGGAAUGCAGUCAGUCCAUCUGAACACGAGAAUGUGAAGGCAGAAGACGGAGAAUUCUGGAUGUCAUUUUCAGAUUUUGUGAGACAUUAUUCUCGUAUAGAGAUCUGCACUCUGACACCAGACACACUGACUUCUGACGCAGUCAAACACUGGAGCACGAGUAAGUUCGACGGAAGCUGGAGAAGAGGCUCGACGGCUGGUGGCUGCAGAAAUCAUCCCUACACAUUCUGGAUGAAUCCUCAGUUUAAGAUCAAACUAGAGGAGGAAGAUGAUGAUCCUGAUGAUAAUGAAGUGGGCUGCAGUGUGGUCAUCGGUCUGAUCCAGAAGAAUCAACGCAAACUGCGGAAGGCUGGAGAAGACAUGCACACCAUUGGCUACGCCAUCUACGAGGUUCCUCCUCAGUUCCGUGGGCAGAAGGAAGUUCAUCUGGAUAAGAAUUAUUUCCUCUCACACGCUCAGAAAGCUCGAUCCGAGACCUUCAUCAAUCUGAGAGAGGUCAGCACCCGCUUCAAACUUCCUCCUGGAGAAUAUCUCAUCGUUCCCUCCACCUUUGAGCCGCACAAGAACGGAGACUUCUGUGUGCGCGUGUUUUCUGAGAAACAGUCUGAGAUGCAACAAUGUGAUGAUCCUGUGGAAGCAGACAUAGAAGAUGAGAUUGUGUCUGAAGCAGAGGUGGAUUCUGGAUUCAGGGGGCUGUUUACCAAACUAGCAGGAGAUGACAUGGAGAUUUCUAGCUUUGAGAUACGAACAAUUCUCAACAAAAUAGUCUCAAAACGGACAGAUAUUAAAACGGAUGGUUUCAGUUUGGAUACGUGUAGGAUCAUGGUGAAUCUCAUGGACGACAGUGGCAAUGGUAAAUUGGGGAUAGCCGAGUUUGCCACCCUGUGGAAGAAAAUUCAGAAGUAUCUGAUCAUUUACAAGAAGAAUGAUAUGGAUGGAUCCGGCUGCAUGAGUACACCAGAGAUGCGAAUGGCUUUGAAGGAAGCAGGGUUCUCUUUGAAUGACACCAUUCAUCAGCUUCUGGCUGCACGAUACGGUGAAGCAGACAUGACCAUUGACUUUGAUAACUUUGUGGCCUGUUUGAUGCGGCUAGAGAUGAUGUUCAAAGUCUUCAAGAAGAUUGACAUUGACAAGAGUGGGUCCAUUGAGUUAACCUUAAACCAGUGGCUGAUCAUGUUUACAUAUGGAGGAAUCUCAGCACACAUCAGUACUAACAGGCUGAAAGCGGAGGGCAUGGGUUCAUUCGAGCAGGCCAUACACUUUCAGAACCAGGAUUAUGAAGCCAUCAGACAGGAGUGUCUGGAAGGAGGAUUCCUGUUUGAAGAUUCCUGCUUUCCCGCUGAGCCUCCAUCUCUUGGCUUCAAAGAACUCGCCCCGUAUUCCUCUAAAACCCGCGAUGUGGAGUGGAUGCGUCCAACGGAGCUCUGUGAUGAUCCGCAGUUCAUUCUGGGCGGAGCUACGAGGACGGACAUCUGUCAGGGAGCUCUGGGUGACUGUUGGCUUCUGGCUGCUAUAGCCUCACUGACACUUAAUGAAAAGCUUCUACACAGAGUUGUUCCUCACGGUCAGAGCUUUCAGGACGGAUAUGCUGGAAUUUUCCACUUUCAGUUCUGGCAGUUUGGCGAGUGGGUGGACAUUGUGAUUGAUGACCGGCUGCCGGUCAAAGACGGAGAGCUCAUGUUCGUCCACUCAGCAGAGGGAAAUGAAUUCUGGAGUGCCUUGGUUGAAAAAGCCUAUGCUAAGUUAAACGGCUCUUAUGAAGCUCUCUCUGGAGGUUCCACCACUGAAGGUUUUGAGGAUUUUACAGGUGGAGUCUCAGAGAUGUAUGAGCUCCGGAACGCCCCGAAAGAUCUUUACAGAAUCAUCAGCAAAGCCUUGGAGAGAGGCUCGCUGCUGGGCUGCUCCAUCGAUAUCACCAGUGCCUUCGACAGUGAAGCCGUUACGUUCAAGAAGCUGGUCAAGGGUCAUGCUUACUCUCUGACUGCUCUCAAACAGGUGGAGUUUAGGGGCAGUAUGGAGAGGCUUAUCCGCAUCCGUAACCCGUGGGGUCAGGUGGAGUGGACAGGGGCCUGGAGCGAUAACUCCUCUGAAUGGGAUGAGAUCGAUGAAUCUGAGAAAGAUGACCUGCACUUGGAGAUGGAGGAUGGAGAGUUCUGGAUGUCGUUCAGUGAGUUCUUGCGGCAGUUCUCCAGAUUGGAGAUCUGUAACCUCACCCCUGAUGCUCUGAGCGAGGAUGAGGUGAGCCACUGGAACACCGUCAAGUUUCACGGCUCCUGGAGGAGAGGCAGCACGGCAGGGGGCUGUCGAAACCAUGCCAACACGUUCUGGAUUAAUCCGCAGUAUAAGAUCACUCUGCUGGAGGAAGAUGAUGAUCCUGAGGAUGAAGAGGUGGCCUGCAGUUUCCUGGUGGCCUUAAUGCAGAAAGACCGCAGACGGUAUCGCCGUCAGGGACAAGACAUGCACACCAUCGGCUUUGCAAUCUAUGAGAUUCCUGAAGAGUACGCCGGUUGUCAGAACGUGCAUCUCAAAAAGAACUUCUUCUUGACUCACUCAUCCUGCGCUCGGUCCGAGACCUUCAUUAACCUGCGGGAGGUGAGCACGCGUCUCAGCCUGCCUCCUGGAGAGUACAUCGUCGUCCCGUCCACCUUCGAGCCCAGCAAGGAGGCGGAUUUUGUCCUACGGGUCUUUACCGAAAAACAAUCACAGACUGAGGAGUUGGAUGAUGAGAUUUCUGCAGACUUCGAGGAUGAGGUGAGUUCUUGAGGCUACAUUGUGUAAGUGUAAGCAUCCAGAAAAACAUCUUGAGACUGAUGGAUUGAGACUUAGACAAACAUGGCUUGUUUGCUUUCCAUUCAGGAAGAAAUUGCAGAGGAUGAUAUUGACGAAUCUUUUAAGGCCUUGUUUGCUCAGCUGGCUGGAGAGGAUAUGGAGAUAUCUGUCCGUGAACUCCGGACCAUUCUUAACCGGGUCGUGUCCAAACACAAGGACCUUAAAACCGAUGGGUUCAGUAUGGAUUCUUGUAGAACUAUGGUCAACCUCUUGGAUAAAGAUGGUAGUGCACGCUUGGGCUUAGUAGAGUUUCAGAUCCUCUGGAAUAAAAUUAGAAAGCUGUUGGAGAUCUUCAGAGAAUUUGACAUUGAUAAGUCGGGGACAAUGAGCUCCUAUGAGAUGCGUAUGGCGGUGGAAUCAGCAGGCUUCAAGCUCAACAACAGACUCAACCAGAUUCUAGUAGCCAGAUAUGCUGAGAACGAAACCAUCGAUUUUGAUAGCUUCGUCUGCUGCUUGAUCAAACUGGAGUGCAUGUUCAAAUCUUUUCAGCUGUUGGACAGAGAUGGAACAGGAGAGGCGGAGAUGAACUUGUCUGAGUGGCUCUUCAUGACCAUGUGCGGUUGAGGUAGACCAUUCCCAAUGCAAGAAUGCUGCAAAGUGCCUCAAUACUAAACUCUUCAUGCAACAACCUCACUUUCACAAUAACCAUUAGAGAAAAGUGCCAAUAGGUUUUUUUUUCAAGAAUUUGUUUAAAUAGAAAAUAAUGCAUUUACACAUUAGAGAACACUACACAAGGUACACUUGUUGUCUGAAGAGGACCUUCACUCGCUGCUCAUGUCCUGACUAUAUGUGUGAGAAAACCAUAGGAUGAGUAUCUAACAAGCAUCUGAAUUUUGUCCUAAAUGGAAAAUCGGCCUUUGUUUGCAAGAGGUUGACUGUUGAUAGUUCCACUAAUAAGAAACCACAGCAUUGCAUGUUUUCAUAAAAGGUGAACUAAUAUGCCCUAGAUGCAGAAUGUUUUGUUGUAUAGGCUGAAUUUCAGUAUUGUCACUGAUAUAAAUAAAAUAUAGCUUCAGAA